AUGGUUACGAUAAACCAUUUUAAUAAGGAUGUGGCUACUCACAAGAAGAUGAUCUACAAGAACCUAUGUGCCAAUGUUAUACGUAAUGAAAAUAUAAUAACCACCCAAGCAAAAGCAAGACAAGCACAACCUCAUAUUGAACGAUUUUUGGGUAAAGCUCUAGCUGAAAGUAAGAACAUCACUAACUCUACUAACCCAGCAGAGAAGCUACUCAAGAUUAAAGCAUUUGGUUAUUUACAACCACCCGAUAAGCAAGAUGUUGGAUUGAAAGUUAUACGUGAGUUAACUAACCGAUACAAGAACAGAGAUCAUGGAUUCACUAGAAUCAUUAAAUUGGAACCUAGGUUGGGUGAAGAUAAAGCACCAAUGUGUGUCUUGGAGCUUGUUGAUUCUAAAUAUGAAAUUAAAUUAUGGUUUACUGCUAAAGCUGUGGCCAAGUUGGAAUUGCAAAAUAUUCCAUUGGAUGAUAUAACUGAAUUAAAUGUCAAGAAAUUAACUAGUAGUAGACCUGAUGGUGAACAAGUAUUCAGAGAUGCUGUUGAAACUUGUAAAAAGGAAUUUUUCAAACAUGGUGUUGAAACUGAAGAGGAUGUUGUUGAUGAAAAAUUGAAAAAACUGUUGGAAAGUUUACCAAAUAUGGAAAGACAUACAGGUGAAUUGAAAGGUAAAUUAUUGGUAUCAAAGAAAUAUAAGACUAAACCAAGAAGGACACCCACUCAACAAGAAUCUGUUAUACCUCCAUCACCAUUUUUGAAAUCAGCAUAG